CCUCACGAUAUCCCUUCCGGUACACUCAAAACUCUACCUCUAUAAGUUCCCUCCUUUCCCAAAAUUUCGGCCUCAGAAAAAUAACACUGCACUAGUACUAUCAAAUCUUUAGAAGUCUAAUUACAGCCACCUGAUCCCGAAGACCGAUGGCCGCCGCCGUGUCCACCAUCGGAGCCGUUAACCGAGUUCCGUUGAGCUUAAAUGGGUCAAACAAUGGAUCCAAUUCUGUUCAAAGCUCAAGCUUCAUGGGAAACAGCUUGAAGAAAGUGGCGAGCUCAUCUAGAGUGAACAACUCCAAGGUUUCAGCUGGGAAAUUUAAGAUUGUUUCGGAGGUCGGCGAUGAGAAGAAACAGACAGACAAGGACAAGUGGAAGGGCCUUGCCUACGACACCUCAGACGACCAACAAGACAUCACCCGAGGAAAGGGUAUGGUUGACUCACUCUUCCAAGCUCCCACAGGAGCUGGAACUCACUACGCCGUCCUCAGCUCUUAUGAAUACCUCAGUACUGGACUUCGCCAUUUGGACAACAACAUGGACGGUUUCUACAUUGCCCCUGCUUUCAUGGACAAGCUUGUUGUUCACAUCACCAAGAACUACAUGACUCUGCCCAACAUCAAGGUUCCACUUAUCUUAGGUAUUUGGGGAGGCAAGGGUCAAGGAAAAUCUUUCCAGUGCGAGCUUGUGUUCGCCAAGAUGGGAAUCAACCCAAUCAUGAUGAGUGCCGGAGAAUUGGAAAGUGGAAACGCCGGAGAGCCAGCGAAGCUGAUCAGGCAGAGGUACCGUGAAGCCGCUGAUAUCAUCAAGAAGGGGAAGAUGUGUGCCCUAUUCAUCAACGAUCUCGACGCCGGAGCUGGUCGUAUGGGUGGAACCACACAAUACACAGUCAACAACCAGAUGGUCAACGCCACCCUCAUGAACAUCGCCGAUAACCCCACCAAUGUCCAGCUCCCUGGAAUGUACAACAAGGAAGAGAACCCACGUGUCCCCAUCAUCGUCACUGGUAAUGACUUCUCCACCUUGUACGCUCCUCUCAUCCGUGACGGUCGUAUGGAGAAGUUCUACUGGGCACCCACCCGCGAUGACCGUAUCGGUGUCUGCAUUGGUAUCUUCAAGCACGACAAUGUGGCCGCCGAAGACAUCGUCAAGCUCGUCGACACUUUCCCUGGACAAUCUAUUGAUUUCUUUGGUGCCUUGAGGGCGAGAGUUUACGACGACGAAGUGAGGAAGUGGAUAUCAGGAGUGGGAGUGGACAGCAUUGGGAAGAGGCUGGUGAACUCGAAAGAAGGACCACCCAAAUUCGAGCAACCAAAGAUGACAAUUGAGAAGCUGUUGGAGUAUGGAAACAUGCUUGUGCAGGAGCAAGAGAACGUGAAGAGAGUUCAGUUGGCUGACAAGUACUUGAGCGAGGCUGCUCUUGGUGAGGCUAACGAAGAUGCCAUUAAGAGUGGAACUUUCUACGGUUAGCUCCUACUGACGCCUUGAUGGGAGGCAAAGCAGCCCAGCAAGUGAGUGUUCCUAUGGCCGAAGGUUGCACUGAUCCAAAUGCUAAGAACUUCGACCCUACUGCUAGGAGUGAUGAUGGUAGCUGCACGUAUACUUUCUAAGGCGUUUUAUCACUUUUUUCUUUCCUUCUUUUUUGGUUUAACGUUGAUUAAUGUGGGAGGAGCUUCUUUUGUAAGGACGAUCGAUAAUAAGUAAAACAAUAUUAUUUGUGUUGUUUUUACCUUCGGUUUGAUGGGUUAUAGGUGAAAUAAAAAUAUUCUAAUUUUUGUGUUGUAGGAAA